GUUUGAAACACGGAACUAGACAUGAAUGGGUAUUGGAUAGGGUAUGUCGUGAUCAGUAAAGCGCAAAUGUCUACAGUCACCCAGACAUGGACAGGUGACAGUCCUUGGUUAGUUUAGGCGUUGGGAGUGUACUCUCUCCAUUUCUUUUUUAUAGUCUGCCUGUCGGUUUCUAUCGGGACUAAUCAUGUUGUCAUUCGGGAAAAUGCGUAAACGCAUCGAGCCGGUGGUUUUAUGUGCCCAAAUAGCCAGCGCGUUUUUCGACACCGGUUUGCAGAUGGUGGUCAAGGAGAGAUGCGCCAACAUGACCGACGCGCUCUCUCCCACCCCCACCGAAGACAGCCGGCAGAAAGCUAUGUCCAACUUCUACAUGAUAUAUAAUAUGCUGGCCAAAUUCGUACCGAUCCUACCCGCUAUUCUAUUAGCCAAGGUAGGGGACCUGGGGUACCGGAAGAUCCCCAUCGUGAUCCCUCUGGUGGGCUACCUGGUCUCCAGAGUGGUCCUGCUCCUGGUCAUAGUGAUGGAUCUCCCGAUACAGGCUAUGUUCGGCGGGGUGGUGGUCCACGGACUCAGCGGCGGGUUCUGCUCCUACUGGGCCGGGGUCAUGGCCCUGGUGUCGCUCACCUCCACCGAGGAGGACCGCUCUCUCCACAUGAUGCAUAUCGAACUGGUCUACGGAGUAGCCGGUCUCAUGGGUAGUCUAGCGUCCGGGCACCUCUUCCAGUUGUACAGUGUGGAUUUUAAACAGGGGACUCUGUUAGUGAGCCUGAGUGUUUUCCUCUACUUUUUGUGUCUUAUCUACACAACCUUCUUCUUUCUAAUGCCAAGUGUCUCGACAAGCGCGCACGAGCCCAAUGGCUUCUUCACUGAGCGAAAUUCCAGGAAUAUAUUGAACAUUCUGCUUCUCUUCGCGAGCGGUAUUUUAUAUGACGUGGCCGUCGGAGGUGGGAUGGAGAUACUGGUGACCUUUGAGAUGAAGGAGCCCCUGAACUGGAGUGCUACACAGGUAGGUUACGGUAACGCCGCCGGGUUCGUGGUCUUCCUGACGAGCUUCCUGGGUGUCAUGGUAAUGUCCAGAUGGGUGAGUGACGUCACCCUCAUCAUCAUCGGCAUGGUGUCCUUCGCUGCCGGCAUCUACUUCAUGGCCUUCGUCACGGCAACGUACAUGUUCUAUCUGGCUCGAGCCCUGACCCUGUUCGCUCUGAUUCCCAUGCCAACCAUCCGGGCUCUGCUGUCUAAACAGGUGAACGGCUCAUCGUAUGGGAUCACCCUCAUCUCACUGCAGCUGUCCUUUAAGAUCGCCAGCCUGGCCUACACUCCCAUCUACACCAAGGUGUACCAGGCUACGCUGGACUGGUUCCCCGGGUUCGUCUUCACCCUGUCCAGCAUUAUCACCGUCCUGGCCACCAUACCUGUCAGCGUGGUGGGCUGCAGAGCUGGUCGGGCUGACGGUUACGAGAGGAUCCUGGGGGACUGACGGUGACGAGAGGAUCCUGGGGGACUGACGGUGACGAGAGGAUCCUGGGGGACUGACGGUGACGAGAGGAUCCUGGGGGACUGACGGUUACGAGAGGAUCCUGGGGGACUGACGGUUACGAGAGGAUCCUGGAGGACUGACGGUGACGAGAGGAUCCUGGGGGACUGACGGUUACGAGAGGAUCCUGGGGGACUGACGGUUACGAGAGGAUCCUGGAGGACUGACGGUGACGAGAGGAUCCUGGGGGACUGACGGUGACGAGAGGAUCCUGGGGGACUGACGGUGACGAGAGGAUCCUGGAGGACUGACGGUGACGAGAGGAUCCUGGGGGACUGACGGUUACGAGAGGAUCCUGGAGGACUGACGGUGACGAGAGGAUCCUGGGGGACUGACGGUUACGAGAGGAUCCUGGGGGACUGACGGUGACGAGAGGAUCCUGGGGGACUGACGGUGACGAGAGGAUCCUGGGGGACUGACGGUUACGAGAGGAUCCUGGGGGACUGACGGUGACGAGAGGAUCCUGGGGGACUGACGGUGACGAGAGGAUCCUGGGGGACUGACGGUGACGAGAGGAUCCUGGGGGACUGACGGUUACGAGAGGAUCCUGGGGGACUGACGGGUACGAGAGGAUCCUGGGCGACUGACGGCGGCGACGAUGUGAUUGUGACAGCUUUGAGAUUGAGCCACGUUAACGUCCUUGGUACCGCCAUCACAGGCCCUCCUCGCCGUCUCGGUGACACUGGAGCCGACGUCAGCAGCACUUACCAUGAAUGCAAUCGCUGCAAAAACGCAUUGUUGUUAGUUACACAACGCGUCUUUUGAACGAAUCCCAGGCCUGAGCCCAAUCAACAUGUCCAACAGGGCUGAUACAGGGCACUAUUGAAAACACUGAUAUUCUCUAGAGCCCUCAAAUUCUGGACCUCCAAGCCAGUUCCAUGUUCCCGUCACUGUGAAAUAACUCUGGUGAAGCAGAGCUGAAUUAACUUGAAAUACUUUGUCACUUUUUAAUACAUUAUUUUUUUGCAUUUCAACUAUUGUGUUCUUUAUUGUGUAUCAAAAGCACUUGAGUGAACAGAUUAAACACUUUUCUUUAUUGGU